ACUAAUGAUCUUAAAGGCCUUUUCCAACCCAGUUGAUUUUAUGGUUCUAUGAUCUAUGACUCUGGAAUGUGCUGUGGGUUGGCUGUCAUCACCCUGCAAGCCAGGUCAGCUCCAUACAGGGUCCUGAGCAAAACUGUUAAAAAAAACCCGAAAAAUUAAAAAAAAAAAUUGUUUCAUGUUCUUUUGGCUAAAUACUUUGAGGUAAGAGUUCUCUGAAGACAGGUUUCUUCAAGCCUAGUAUGAAAUCAGUGCCCUUGGGAGAUGUCACCAAUUCUGUAUUGGCUUCCUGGGUUCUGCUUUUCAGUUCCGCUUGGCUGAAUCUCAUUUACCUUUGAAGCUGAUCUCAGCCCGAAUUUAUCUUCUGGAGCAAACAGAAUGUUGUCUGGCAAUCCCAAUCUGACAGUUUUCACAAGACCUUCUCAUGUUCCAUGUUGGGCUUUCUUGUGGAUACUGAGUUUUCAUUGCUUAGCAGGGAGAUAAAAGCACAUGGUCUGUGCCUGCCAAACUGUUCCCUAUGGCUGCUUUAAAGGCAGCUCAGGAUAUCUUCCUGGCAGCUUGGGGUUGUUUCUAGAGCAUUUUCUAGUACUGAUGGGGUUCCUUUCAGUAUCCAAAGCUGUCAGUUUUUCUCUACCAGUUUUGCCCCACUGACUUACCUCUGCUACUUUCUUCCUCAGAGGAGAAUACACAGGGAAACAGUGCAUCCUUCUAGCAUCAGCACUAGGUUUGCAAAGCCUGAUCUUAUUCCAAUGUGAGCCCUGGAAGAACUUAGAGGAGAUCCUCAAGGUCUCUGGUGCUGUCUUGGUGGGUGAACUGAGCAGCAAGGUCUUUCAGCAAACAGGCAGACAGGGUGGAUGAAGCACUUCCAGUCUGGUUUGUGAUGGGGUGGCAGGAUUUGGCCACCCUAGGGCUGGGGAAAAUCGGGGGUAAAUGUGAUCUAAGCCUGUCUGUGAGAUGGGAGGGAGAUCUCUGAAAGACUGGAGGGUGGUGAAAUGGUGUAACAAAAGAAGUCCUCUUGCACUGUUAGAGGGAGAGAGUGAUUUCAGGCUGUGCUGUCCUUGCAGAGGCUGAGUAGCACGUGGAGGAGCAGGUGAGCCUGGCAGAGCUGCCUGCAGCGUUGGACAACACACUCAUGGUUUCCAGGAGUGGGCUUCAGUGUGCAGCUCUCAUGUCCUACAGAUACAAACUGCAAUGCCUCAAGAUCCAGGUGAGGCAGGUUGCCAGGGAGAGGGACAAGGCGAGGCUGGACUUGCAGAAAGCGGAGAGACGCUGCCUGCGGCUUGGCAGGGAGCUGGAUAAGCAGUACGUUGCUCUCGAGCACACCCAGAGCAAGCUCAGGGAUUUUCAAGCAGAAACAGAGGCAAAAGACCUGCUUUUGCAGCAAGCAGUCAGUCACCAAGCAAAGCUGGAGGCUGAUACACAGCUCUUCCGGGGCACAGAGGCCAGCUGGCAAGGGAGACUGAACCACACCAUGAAGGAGAACAUAGAGCUGCAAAACAAGGUCACGGAGAUGACUGAGAAACUGGCAGCCUCUGAGAAGCUGAUGUUGGAGUUGCAGAAACAACUAAACUUUGUUGUGAAAGACAAGGUGCUGUGGGACCAGAAUGGAUUGCUGCGAAGGGAGCUGGAAAGGCUGUAUCUCCAACUACAGGAGAGCAGGGCUGAGAGAGGGCUGCCAGCAGGAGGCCUGUCCUCACAGGACUCCUCUCCUGUGUGCCACCAUCCCAGCCCUCUGCAUCCCACUUCUGUGUGCACAGAGACAUCACUCUCAGUGGAGCAGCUCCAAGAGCAGAUGCGGGACCUGAAGGUGCAGCUGGAAAUGAAGGGAAGAGCUGUGCCAGCUGCUGGAGGAGAACAGUGUGCUGAAAAGUCAGCUUGGGAGACUUCAGCAAGAGCUGAGGCUGGCAAAGGAGAAGGGCAGCGAACACAAUGGAGUGAGAAGAGCAGCAGGGAGAUCUCCCACCUGAAUGUAAGGAUGUGUCGACUGGGCUGUGAAGUCACUGAACACCAGGCUGGCCAUGGUGUUCAGUGCCCUGACACCAUCCCAUUGUGGAGCCAGAGGCUUGCAGAGGCUGAGCGGCUACGAGACGCAGAGAUGGCUGCAAGGCUGGAGCACCACCAGCAGCAUGCAGCAUGUUGGAUGGAGAUGGAGCUGCUUCAACAGCAGCUCAAGGCCUCGCAAGAGAAGCUUUUAGAAGCCAAAGCAAGCCUGAGCCUGGCCCAGACUCGGCAUGCUCUGCAGUUGAAGCAGGUCAAAGCCCAGAUGAACAACAUGGUGCCAAGGAAACAUUUUGAGGAGCUGCAAACCAGCUUGAGAGCAGAGCAAUGCAAGGCUCAGCAGCUCCAGGAAAACCUCCACCGGCAGGCUGAGCAGACAUGCAGGCAGCUGCUCAGGACUCAGGAGGAACAUGAGCGUCAGCUGCAGGCAGCUAUGGAUCAGGCAGAGGCACUGGAGCACAACCUCAGGAGUACUGAAGCUGUGCUGGCAGAGAGAGCAGCUCAGCUUAAAGAUGCCCAGUCCCAACUCUCCAGGAACAACCUGCUGAUUGAAGAACUCUGUGAAGAGAACAGGGGGGUUGCAAUGGCCCUGCAGGCAGCUGAGCUGAAGCAGAAGAGUACUGAGGAGAAGAACCAGCUGUUGGAGGAGCAAGCCUCAGCUCUGAAGCAGGUCAUUGGAAAAAUCACACCAGCAUCUUUGAGUGGGUGAUAGGGCACGUGCUGUGGCAGCCUUGCCCCUGGUCCUGGCCAGGGUUUGUCAGCUUCUCUUGGGCUUUAGGAAACUCUGGCCCUCCUAAAGCCUGAGCCUACGAUCAAAACCAACCUGAUGCCAGAUUGUUGCCUCUGCGGUGAACAGAUCAGAAGGGCUGAGGGAAAAGCCUUCUUUCAUUUUGAACCUUCAAGGCUUGGGGCAGGGCUGGUGACCCAUCAUCAGGAGCACUGCCCUCCUUCAAAGGAUACCAGAAGACAUGGAUCGUGGUACCGUCAUCGAUCUCAAACUCUCCAUAGUCUUUUAAACACCGCACCUACAAAGCAGAAAUGCAGCUCUCGGAUCAUCAGAUCUCCCACAGAAAACACCAGGCAUCACUGCUGACUUAAAACACAUGCCCCAGAACUGUAAGUAUGGACACAUUCCUAUCUGCCUGCUGGAUCCUCAACAUGGAGCAGAUCUGGAAAUGCACAACUGGACUGAUUCCAUGCUCUAUAGACUCUACCUGAUGUUCUCUUCCUGCCUCUGCCUGGAUCAAGAAGCACCAGCGCGCCCAGUCCUCCAGAGACUAGAGGAAGAGCAGCAAGAGACACAAUGUAGGAAGCAGCAGCAUUUCCAGGACUUCUCCACACACAUACCAGAAAAACUGUGAAACUCUUAAGGAGCAGGUUUAUAGCCACUACAUCUUCUUUUGAAGAGAACAUCAGAGUAGAGCACUUCAGCUACUGACUUUGAUGUUUCACAUGCUCUUGCUUUGUUCUAUCAAUUGUAUAAAAAGAUUUAUAGUUUCGUUUGUCAAAGUCCAUUUAAAAUAACAAAGAAAACCAAUUAACAUUCCUUAGCAUGGGAACAAGGUUUCUAGUUGAUGUAGAUUUGGUUAAGUUUCUGCAAAAUGCCACAAACCUUCUCAUCGGGAUUCAGACCACUCGCCUUAUCACACAAAUUCCCUUCAGACUAGAAAUGCUAUCUUUCAACAGACUUUGAGCCCUCAGUAGAAGAGGGAGUAAAACGCUGACAGGCAGAAUGUAAAGAGUAAAUGUAGAAGCUUGUGGAAGCUUUGGUGCUCUUGAAGGCUUUGCUCAAUAACAUGGCUUGGGAUGGGGGUGAAAUUCUCUAAAAAACAAUAGUUGGGCAAAAAGUUUGUUCACAAACAAAAAACACUUGCACUUACUUCUAUGUACAGGCUUUUAGGAGGUUUUAUGUCCUGUGUAAGGUCCAGCCCCUCCUCUCCUCCUACUGACUUCAUGUAGGUAGCCAGAGACUUUUUGUACCGAUUGAACCAUUCCACCUGCAUAUAUUGACAUUGAUUCCUCAGGCAAAGCUGAACAGCUAAUGCUGAAAGAGAGGUCCCCAGUGAGUGAUACCUAGUUUAUCUGUGCUGUCAGACCACUGUUCCAGAGCAUGUUUGUACCAGCCAAAGGUGAAUGCAAGCUUUUCUAAAGGGAAAGACUGCCACGGAGAGCAAUCUGGAUUCAGGACACAUUCUGCUAAUGUUAGCAUCUUUGUACAUUGGUCUAGAGAUGGCAUUUGAGAGCAGCAUGGGAAAACUUAAGUUCUGCUGGCUUCGAGUUUGAUCUUCCACCUGAUCCUUGAAAGUGCCAAGCAUUACCUGCACUUGGUAUCUGUCUGGGGUUGUACCCGUAGACAAUGAAUAAACAUAUUGUUGUUUACAGGAAGACAUGUUAAGUGUCACAUUUAUAGUGGGGGAAUUGUACCUUAUUUUGAUUCUACUAAAUAGAUAAUCCAUCAGGAGGAGUAAG